GUAAGAGUGAAAGGCCACAUGUACGCUGUCACGAUGCCUCGAAACUAUAUACGAAAGACUGAAUCGAAAUACAAAAUUGAAGAUCUUCGCCAUGCAGUUGAAGAUGUUAGAAGUAAGAAGCUCACAUUAGGCCAAGCUGCUACCAAAUAUUCAAUACCAAAAUCAACAUUAUUCAAACAAUUAAAACAAAACAAAGUCAAGACACUAAAAAAAGGUCGAUCUGCUGUAUUUAAUAGAGAACAAGAAGACCAGCUAGAAAAAUAUAUACUUGAUUGCUGCAAGACUUUUUAUGGAAUAACACCAACUUCAUUACGUAGAAUUGUUUUUCGAUUUGCUGAAGCUAAUUCUUAAAAAAGCUGAAACACAAUUUUAACAAAGAAACCGAAGAUAGCAUACAAUAAGGAAUGUGCAUUGUACAUGGUUAACAAUCCUGGGAAACGAAUAAUCCAAUACGAGGUUGGAGAACUUUUUACAAAGGCGUACAAUAAAACAGCUAACAUAAGCAAGGCUGUCAGUGGAUUUAGAGCCGCUGGAAUUUAUCCUAUUAAUCCUGACAAAUUUAAAGACAUCUUUGAGAAUACGACAUCUAAUCAAUCCUACAUCAGUCAGAUUCAAGAAUGCGAUGCUCAUAAAACUACAGCUGAGCAAAGUUUAAAUUUAUCCGAUAACACUGUCAGUCAAAGUAAAACUCCUUCUCCAUCCACUUCUGUGCCUCUUACCGAAAUCAUUAAUAUGCCUAUCAUACCUAAAACAAGAACCACUUCUGUGCGACAGAAUAAGAGACAUUCUCAAAUUUUAUCCAGCUCACCGAUAAAAAUUGAACUUGAGGGAAAGCAGAAAAAAACAAAAUGAGAGAAAAGCUAAAAAAGAAAAAGUUCCGAAUAAAACACUAUAAAAGAACAUUAAAACCAUAAAAAAAAAUCUAAGAGUCAAGGGUAAAGGAGGGAAAAAUUUAAAGAAGGCUUUGCAAGAAAAUAAGUUCGAAGAAGAGUUUUUUGUAUAAUGUGCAACGAAAAAUAUGAAUCUCCGCCGACAGAGGAUUGGAUUAUGUGCGUCAUCUGUAAAUUCUGGGCACAUGAAAAAUGUACUGCUGGCGAGACUCUAGGGUACGUGUGUGAUAUGCGCCAACCAAAAAAACUAUAGUUUAUUAUAAAGAUUUAAUUGUGUCGUUUCUAAUUACCCCAUACCGUUCCCAUUUACCCUUCGGGAUGAUCUCAAUUACCCCAUAGGGUAUCGGGUAAAAAGAAACGACAACGUUUUUUGUUUUCGUUAAAAUUUCUAAUGAAACGUUGAUUCUUGAGAGUUUUUCUGUAACUGAUAAGUAGAUAGAUAAGUAAAGUUUAUAUUGUAAUAAAAGUUGCUAUAUCUAAGACUUUUUUCUAU